AUGUGCAAGGUGUUCCCAUCCAAUCUAGGGUCUGUGGAAAUGAGAUGGUUCGACUGUCUGAGGGAAGGUUCUAUUAGCUCCUUUAAAGAGCUCACCAGGGCAUUUAAGGCCCGAUUUGUGACUUGCAAUAGGGUUCCUCGGCCUUUAGACUCCCUGUUGUUUAUGAUCAUGCGAGAAAUGGAGACCAUAAAAACAUACUCAGACAGAUACCAAGAGAUAUUCAAUGAGAUUGAUGGGGACUUUAAUGAUGUGGCCCUAAAGACUUUCAAGGUUGGCUUACCUGUUAAGCAUGAUUUGAGAAAGUCGAUGACCAAGAAGUCUGUAAGGAGUGUAUGUCGGCUUAUGGACCGUAUAGACGAGUAUAAACGGGUCAAGGAAGACCAACAGCAAGGGAAAGGGAAAGCUAAGGUUAUCCUUCAGGAUAGGAGGGAUUUCAAGUCAGAUAGAUACAACAAUAAUCAACCCCAAAGAGACUUUGCGGGGCAAUCAGUCUAG